AUGCACAACGAAACAGAAGUUUAUCGAGAUAAAACACACACACAUAUAUCUACAUAUAACAUAUAACGAAUAUAAGCGGGACAAGAUACACUGGUUUGAGUGAUAAUUACAAACGCGUUCUGACCUGGUAUAUAAACACUUUCUGACGGGUAUGAGGAAGUACGAUUUGCGCACAUCUCAUUGGCUUUUCCUGAACGCAGUGGGAAUGUUGUAAUGAUAAAACCACGCCGCGACAAACAUGUUAACGUGUUUUAUUCUCAAUGAUGCAAACUCUUUCGUAAGUCCGUCGUACUGUUUCCCAAACCGUGUUUCAUCGGAGAAACCCGUUAGCCGACAGAGGGCGUUGAUAUCGAUGUGGAGUACGACGGCGGAGACGUCAUCAUCGUUGUCAGUUUUGAAAAAAAGAAUCCAGUGAUGAGAUAGAGGAAUGUACGUGUUCUCGUGGGAUUAAUCUUAUGUUCAAUUCUUAAUGAUGGAAAACAAGGUUUAGGACGAAAUCACGGACGGCAGAAACACCAUGGACGAAAGGUGACAGGAGGCAAUGAAGUUUAUAUACCAAAGGUAUGGACAACCCACAAACCGCCAUUGUAACUGCGAUACCGCCGCCAUAACUCCUCGAAUAUGACUUCCGGUCAUCAUGGGCGGAAGCAGACGUUGUCUCGAUCUCACAGGUUGUGGAAGAUAUUUGUGUUGUGUGUGAAGCGUUUCAUAACCUUCCUCGUUUCGCAGGUCGGUCUGACGUCAGCAGUUGUUGCGUACUGCAUGCUGGGAAGUGUCAUUUUCAAGAUGCUGGAGGCACCGUACGAACAGUCACAACGACUGAAGAUCAAGCAGCUGAAGGAGGCGCAGACGAAGAAGUUUCUGGAAAUCACCGAACGGCUGGACGUGAGUCCUCGAGGACAGGACCAGUGGAAGCAAGAAGCAGACGACAUUCUGAAAGCGUUUCAGGACGAGGUGUACCAAGUCAUCAAACACAACGGCUGGGACGGCCAAGGCAUGGAUGAGGAGCUGCAAUGGUCUUACGCAGGAGCCAUGUUGUAUUCCGUGACUGUCCUCACGACCAUUGGUUAUGGUCACAUAGCACCAAAAACCGACUGGGGUCGAAUAGUGACAAUAUUCUACGCCAUAUUUGGAAUUCCCCUGACCUUUCUGUGUGUGAGAAACAUUGGAUCCCUUCUCAGCAGCUGCGUCCGUUUCUUCUACCGACAUGCCUGCAUCGGUGCCAUCAACCAGUGGGUAGAAAUUCAAACAAAGAUGCAAGUCUCGAGAAAUCUCGAACGUCUCCAGCAUGCCAUCCACGCGCGUGCGCGGAAGUUCAGCCUCACCUUGACCAACGACCUCUACCAUCACAGGCGGCGGGUCCCCGUCAACCGCCCGUCGAUCGACGAAGUCGAGUCCGUCUGCUCCAAGUCUGACGACGGCAUCGACGAGGACGACGGGGUUGUGUCGCUAUUUAGCGAGCGGACGGGGAAGAUCAGAAUCAGCAGCGACUACAAACUCCGUGUGCCCAUAUCUCUGACUCUGACGAUAAUGACGUGCUACAUAGUAGGGGGCGCCAUCAUGUUCUCCAUAUGGGAGAAGAACUGGAACUUCCUCGUGUCCUCCUACUUCUGUGUGAUCACGCUCACUACGAUCGGGUUCGGUGACUACGUGCCCGGCACGGACAUGGACUCGUGGUCCAACGAGGAGAAGCGUGUCAUCUGCUGCCUGUACCUGCUGUUCGGGAUGGCCAUGCAGGCGAUGUGCUUCCACCUGAUGCAGGAGGAGAUCAGGAUGAAGUUCAGGCGGCUCGCCAAGAGGAUCGGACUCAUUGAGGACGACCAGCCGAAGACGCCACCGGAAAGUUUACAAGAUGAAGAAAAUACAGACUGAU